AUGUCUACAGGCUCGUUUUCCAGAAAUGCUGGCGGUGUCUUUGGGAUGUUUGGUGCCGCAGCGCAGCAUCUCAAUACCCAGGAUCAAAGCAGCAACGCCUUCGCCUCAAGUUCUGGCGCCUCGGUCUGGGAUGAGCCUGGCCGUACAAUGGACCUCGUCUUUAUCAUGGACGCAACGGGCUCCAUGGGUAGCUACAUCAACUCGGCCACCAAAAACAUCGAGACCAUCUGUGAAAACAUCAUCCACUCUGAGCAGCUCAGUGGUCCAGGCGCGCUGCGCAUCGGCCUCAUCGCCUACCGUGACCAUCCACCACAGGAUCAUACCUACAUCGUCAAGAACUUCGGCUUCCACAACAAGGUCGAAAAGGUCAAAGAGGCACUCAAGACUCUAUACGCAUCUGGUGGAGGCGAUGGCCCCGAAGCGGUCACUGCUGCCAUGAAAGCGGCUCUCGACCUGGAUUGGCGUCCGCAUGCAACCAAGCUUGCGGUUCUGAUCGCCGAUGCUCCCCCACACGGCAUUGGCGAGUACGGUGAUGGAUUUCAAGAAGGAUCUCCCGACGGCCACGAUCCACUUCGGCUCGCACGUCAGUAUGCAAAGGCAGGUAUUCCCCUCUUCAUGAUUGCUUGUGAGCCUGCGCUUUCAGGCUAUCAGCACGCUGCCGACUUCUUCCAAGGUCUCGUUCAAAUCACUGGAGCAAUGCUGGUACCCCUCACCACAGCCAGUCUUUUGAGCCACGUCAUUCUGGGCAUUGCUGGUGAAGCUAUGGAUCUUGAACGGUUGCAUCGCGAGAUCGGUGAUGCCAUAGCAGAACGCAUCCAGUCAUUGAGUCUGGAAGGUGGACAGAGUAACCCCAUGGACGAUGUAGCCAGGGAGCUGCACGAGCGACUGCUGUUGCGCAACGAAAGCACCAAGCAACUUUACAUCGAAAGCAUCUACCGCGACACGGAAGAAUCACGCCACAAUAUCCAAGUGUGGGCGAAAGCCCCGGACCUCGCUACCGCGCGACCCAACAUCAAGCGUGUUAUCGGCUCGCGGCUCAGCGACAAGUAUCUGCAGACGCGAAGGGCAACCUCGUCGUACAAGCCCUAUGUCCCGUUUCCCAAACCAGCCGGCGGCAGCGGUGGCGCCACGUCGACAGCCUUUGGCAGCUCUUUGGCAACCUCGCCGCCAUCGUCUCAAUCCGGUUCGCGCAAAGUGGUCACCGAGUUCAGCACGUUCAGCGCUAGCCCCGGAAUGAGCUUCCAACAUACAGGCUCACCUCCGUCGGCCAACGCGUCAACGUUUGGUGGAACAUCGGCUAGGAUUCAAAACGGAGGAUUUGGGUACAAGGACGCACAAGGCUUUGCCUACCGAAGCAGAGAUGCAGCCAUGAUGGACGAUGACGAUGACGACGAUGCACUCCGAGUGGAUGGCGGCGAGGAAGAGGAGGCGAGCGACUCAAAAGCGCUACCUGUGGCGGUGAAUGAAGACGGUGUCAUUCAGGUACAGGGCGAGGAUGGGCAGACGCUGGCGUACCGACAGGGCGCGAUCUCGUUCGAUCAGGUCAGAAGAUUGGCCAUGCAGUCUGCUCACCGUGGAGGAUUGGCUGCGGAGUCAUAA